AUGGGGGGCAUCGGAUUAGUAAGAUCCCCUGUAAGGCCAUUAGCUCCAGUUACCGACUUUAACUUGCCACGAGAAGACCGCGACGCGGUUAGACAGCCCGAGGCAGCAGUGGACACCGAGAUAGCGUCUGCGAUUAACGUUGCGAUUUUGCAAGCUCAGGAAACCUACAGGCAGUCAAUGGACACAGGGAUAGCGAAAGCAUUGCGGGAGGAAGUGCGUCUAGGGUUUCAAGAAAUGCUGAAAGCUAUAAACGAUAUAGUAAGACCGACGCCACCACCCGUGAUUCGUAGCCAGGCGCCAACGGAAACUGCUAGUGCUGAGUCUGGUCAACAGCAAAAGCCACAUCAGGGGGCUAUCCCAAAAUCACGCUCGACCACCAAACCACCUCCUAAGCCGCCGACAAAGCCAGAGAGGUCAACCACCUCAAGCGGACUAAGUCGUGCUUGUGAGUGGGAAUGGCGCAACCCAGGUCCGGACCAGAGGCAACGGGAAAAUAACCGAAGCAGAAAUAUCAGACAGUCGUCGACAAUUGAAGGAAAUCGGGGAACUGCGAACCAUCGUCGUCCGAAUAUCGAGCAUUACUCAGGUCGACCUUGGGUCAAGAUGGACAAGUGGGAAGUGUCAUUCGACGGCUCGAAUGACAGAGGGUCCGUGGAGGAUUUCGUUUUUAAGGUGGAAUACCUAAAGAGACAAUUCCAGUGUCCGUGGGACGAAAUCCUCAGCAACUUCCACGUGCUAGUAAAGGGGCGAGCCCGAGAAUGGUAUUGGCUCCACGUGAGGCAACGACCAAUAUACUCGUGGGAUGAACUCCGAAAGGCGCUCUUUGCAAGGUUUCGCGGAAGUUGGGACGACGUCGAUCGCUUGCAAGAAAUGAGGCAGCGUCAACAACUCCCUGGGGAAUCGGUAAACGACUUUAUUCAGUCGAUGACGAGUAUGGCCUCCCGAUUAGAAAUACCGUUGCCAGAGCCUAAACUGAUAAAGUUGAUCAAAAAAGGCCUGAGAGAUUCGGUUGGGAGAUACAUCUAUGCAAUGGAUGUAUACUCUGUUGAUCACCUGCGGGAAGAGUGUAACGAGGUUGAAUCAAGCUUGGGACAGCGUGGUUCUCGUUUAGCAUAUGGUACGCAGGCAAAAUACGCGGGACCAGGUAAAAACGUUAGUGCCAUAUGUGACGAUCUCGAGGAGAAAGCCAAAGUCGAGCCGGAGGUCGACGAGAUUCGGGUGAAAUCGUCAAGUUCAAGGACUGGAUUGACGCAAAGGGUGAAGAAGGCGCGCGAACGAUGCACGAAGCGACGCUUGGUGAAAAGACAAGUUGUGGAAUCGGUCAAGAGAGGAGAUAAUCGAGAUUCAAGGGUGUUUGCCGAGGUCAGCAUUGAAGGUAAACAAAUUGCGGGGCUUUUGGAUACCGGUGCCUCAGUGAGUAUUUUGGGGCGUGGUUCUCGUGAGUUUCUGGCCGAGAUCAAUGUUCCCAUGCAGCGUUAUGUGUCUAGCGUGAGAACCGCUUCUGGGGAGGACCGAUCCAUUAUAGGCCGGGUACACACCAGAGUCACAUACGGAGAAAAGGAGGAGGACAUGACGUUUUACAUUUGUCCGUACCUCGAACAGCCGGCAUAUUUAGGCAUAGAUUUCUGGCGAGUUUUUGGAUUAGCUCCUGAUGUAUUGGGAUCAAUGGAAGCGCAAAUCUCUGAAGAAUCGAAGCCAAAUUUAGUUGAAGCAAUCGAGCAUUAUGUAGAAGAAAAAACUCUAGAACCGGAGGUGGAUGCUUGGGAGUUGGACGAGGAGCAAAAAAGUCGAUUAGAAACGGUAAAAGCAGAGUUCUUGUCCUUUGAAAACGCAGGAUUGGGGAAGACAACAGCACAAACACAUAAGAUAGAACUGAUCGAAGGGGCUAUUCCGGUGAAAGACCGACACUAUCCGCUGUCCCCGGCGAUGGAGGAAGUAGUUUGGGGCGAGGUGGACAAGAUGCUGGCCCUGGGAGUUAUCGAAGAAAGCGAUAGUCCGUGGAGCAACCGCAUUACAAUAGUGCGAAGGCCGGACAAGAACCGAUUUUGCUUGGAUGCUCGCAAGCUUAACGCUGUCACCGUCAAGGACGCUUAUCCACUUCCAUCCAUCGAAGGGAUACUUUCGCGUAUCGAUCAGACCUACUAUAUUUCUAGCGUAGAUCUGAAAUUCGCAUUCUGGCAAAUAGAGUUGGACGAAAGCAGCAAAGCAUACACGGCGUUUACGGUGCCUGGCCGCCCACUCUACCAGUUCGUCGUAAUGCCUUUCGGACUGUGUAACGCCGCUCAAAGACUUUGCCGUUUAAUGGAUAGGGUUAUACCGUCACUGCUUAGGUCCAAUGUGUUCGUGUACUUGGAUGAUUUGCUGAUUAUAGCUCCGGACUUUAACACACAUAUGAAAUAUUUGGGACUCGUGGCGCAGAAACUAAAAGAGGCCAAUUUGACAAUUGGAUUAAAAAAAUCUAAGUUCUGUUUCAAGAGUCUGAAAUAUCUAGGGUUUAUAGUAGGGGGAGGGACUUUGCGGACCGAUCAAGACCGCGUGAUUGCAAUACAAAGGAUUCCGAAUCCCAAAUCCGCUAAGGAAGUGCGCAGCUUUUUAGGAACAGCUGGGUGGUAUCGCCGAUUCAUUAAGAAUUUCGCAGAAGUGGCAGCACCACUGACGGAUACACUAAAGGGGUGUCUUAAAGGGAAGUUUAAGUUGAGUGACGAGGCAGAGAAGGUUGAAAGAGGCGCUUACAUCCGCUCCAGUACUGGUACAUGCUGA